GUAUUGAUUACAGACAGGGCUCGGGUUUCCAGGGAAAUUAAUUGCAGGCAGGCCGAGAACCAGAUCUUGUUCUUAUCCUGGUAGAGACAAAAAAAACAAAAACAAAUUAAAAUUAAAAAGAAAAAAAAAAAUCUCCUCUGCUUUUUGAACGGAACCCAAAUCCACCGAGGGGUUCAGUGUGCCUACAUAUGCAUACGGCCUACCUGAAACUCCUCCAUAGUCUUUGUGCCGCUGCCUCCCCCCUGCUCUCGCCACUAACAACACUUCGCCGCUACUCUGCUCGUCGGCGCGGCGGCUCCGGAGGGGGAAUUUCGUCGAGCAGGAUGAACGCAUUGGCGGCCACCAGCCGGAACUUCAAGCAGGCGGCCAAGCUGCUGGGCCUCGACUCCAAGCUCGAGAAGAGCCUGCUCAUCCCCUUCAGGGAGAUCAAGGUUGAGUGCACAAUUCCGAAAGAUGAUGGGACAUUAGCAUCCUAUGUUGGGUUUAGGGUGCAGCAUGACAAUGCCAGGGGCCCUAUGAAGGGUGGAAUCAGAUACCACCAUGAGGUUGAUCCUGACGAGGUCAAUGCCUUGGCGCAACUGAUGACAUGGAAAACAGCCGUGGCCAAUAUUCCGUAUGGAGGCGCUAAAGGUGGCAUCGGAUGCAGUCCUGGAGACCUGAGCAUAUCGGAGCUCGAGCGGCUUACCCGAGUUUUCACCCAGAAAAUUCACGACUUAAUUGGCAUCCACACCGAUGUUCCAGCUCCCGAUAUGGGCACCAACGCACAGACAAUGGCAUGGAUACUGGAUGAGUACUCAAAGUUCCAUGGCUACUCACCUGCUGUGGUGACAGGAAAGCCUGUGGACCUUGGAGGAUCACUGGGAAGAGAUGCAGCUACUGGAAGGGGAGUUCUGUUUGCCACUGAAGCCCUACUUGCAGAGCAUGGCAAAGGCAUUGCAGGCCAGCGUUUUGUAAUCCAGGGGUUUGGUAAUGUUGGCUCCUGGGCUGCUCAACUGAUCACUGAAGCUGGAGGCAAGGUGAUCGCCAUCAGCGAUGUCACAGGGGCCGUCAAGAACUCCAAUGGCAUUGACAUAGCCAAGCUGAUGAAGCACUCGGCGGAGAACCGCGGGAUCAAGGGCUUUGACGGAGGAGACGCCGUCGACCCAACCUCGCUGCUCACGGAAGAGUGCGACGUCCUCAUCCCGGCAGCACUGGGAGGAGUCAUAAACAAGGACAAUGCUGAUGCCAUCAAAGCAAAGUACAUCAUCGAGGCUGCGAACCACCCGACAGACCCCGAGGCCGACGAGAUUCUGGCGAAGAAGGGGGUGCUGAUCCUGCCGGACAUCCUGGCCAACUCCGGCGGGGUGACGGUGAGCUACUUCGAGUGGGUGCAGAACAUCCAGGGGUUCAUGUGGGACGAGGAGAAGGUGAACCGGGAGCUCAAGACGUACAUGACCCGCGCCUUCCGGGACACCAAGGAGAUGUGCCGCUCCCACCACUGCGACCUCCGCAUGGGCGCCUUCACCCUCGGCGUCAACCGCGUCGCCCGCGCCACCGUCCUCCGCGGCUGGGAGGCCUGAUCGCUCGCCGGCCGGCAUCCUGCAAUGCCCGUGCUCUCUCGCCGUCUCCAUGGGGAUCCCGUCGAAGUCGCAACUCAACAAAAAAGUUCAAUAAUCGAGCCCGUGUGUUCUCUCAUACAUAAGCUCCGAUCUCUUGGAGACUGACAGAACAGUAGCAGCACCACCUUCUUGUAAUCCGCGGCUGAGAGUGAAACACAGCAAUGUAAUUCGGUUUCUUUUCUUGGUAACAUUUGAUCGUGUUGA